GGUAGGGGUGUGGGUGCGUCGCCAUGGAGACGGCGGGGUGGGGGUGUGGGUGCGUCGCCAUGGAGACGGCGGGGUGGGGGUGUUCCCGCGAUGGUUGCCGCGCUGUGGCCGAGCGAGUGGAGAACUUGAACUCGUGUCGCCUGCCACAGGCACAUCGCCCGAAACGUCGCUUCAGUCGUACACAGGCGCACGCACAACCACCACCAGAGUUGUUGACGGAGGUGUUUGUUGUUGUAGAAAUCGUAUCUCUGAGGAUGGAGACGCCGCGUGGUGUGCGAGGCUCCUCGCGGGAACUCGAGUCCCAGGCGGAGCUGCGAGAGCGACUCUACUCGGCAUUCAAGAGCCGAGGCCUCCUCACUGCACUAAAGACCCACGUACGGGACCGCGUGGUCCGUGAGCUGCGCUGUCCAGGCGAGUGGAAGGCUCCUCCGGGCCUGGUGGAGAGUGUGGCUCUCAGCCUCGUGGCUCAGCACCUGGGAGCCACAGCCUGCGACUACUCGCUGUGCCUCCUGUACCCAGAGAGCGGCCUGCAGCCCCACGCGGUAUUAAAGCCAGAGGAGGUUUUGCGGGUUCUGGGUUUGAGCUCGGAGCGCUGGGCAGCACGGACAACUGCUGCUGCUGCUGUGGGCAGUGUGGGAGGAAGCCAUCCGAGUUUGUUACUCUGGCUGCUGGAAGAGCUCUCCGAGAGAGCGAGAGGGAGCGGCGUUCGCGAUGAGGAGACACAGACCAGCCCUGAGGAGCGAGCGUGGGGCGAAACACUCGGGGAGAGGCUUCGCUGCAUCGACCGCGAGUUUUCGGCGGCUGUCCGGGACCCCGAGGGAGCAGUCGGGUCCGGACUCCACCGGCUGGAGCUGCAGGUGGAGCGGCGAGUCCGAGAGGAGGUGGACACCAGGGUGCUGGCUAAAGUGGCCACUCGGGACAGAGUCAUCUUGUUGGGUGACUUCAAUGCCCGAGUUGGUCAUGAUGCUGGCACCUGGUCUGGAGUGAUUGGAAGGCAUGGGCCAGAUCAGCUCAAUAACAACGGUAGGAGGCUGCUAGACUUUUGCUCAGCCCAUGGGCUUGUAAUUACCAACACGCUGUUCCGGCAUCGGCGCAUCCACACCACAUCGUGGAUGCACGUAUCCCAGGUGCGUGAGCUCACGGAGCGUGAGGCGGUGCAGAGCCAACGCCGGGGUGGUGGUGGUGGUGGGGAGCGGCAGCAGCAGCAGGAGCAGCAGCUGCAGCAGCAGCAGCGUCACCGCCGCGAGGAGCUGGAGUGGAGCCACGCGGCCUCGUCCAAGCUGUGGCGCCAACGCCAGAAGGAUGAGGAGCGGGCGCUGUACCAGGAGAGGCAGACGCUGCUGAGAGAAGCCGAGACUCUGAGGGCGCGAGAGGCGCAGCACCAACUCCACGUGCAGAACACGGACACCGCCCUGAGUGAGAGGGAGCGGCGGGUGCAGAGCGCCGAGGGGAGACUCGGGGAGCGGGAGGCGGCGGCCAUCGCCCUGGAGGAGACGUUCUCCCUCCGACUCCAGCAGCACAAGCUGGCGCACGAGGUGAAAGUGCAGCAGGAAUUUCAGGAGCGAAAUCUCCGACUCGCCCAGCGGGAGGAGAGGCUGGCAGCGUCCGACCGGGAAACCCAGAAGCAACUCCAGCAGCUGCAGGAGGCUCGCUCCACCAUCACUCACCUCCAGGCUGAGCUGGCGGAGGCGAGGGAGGCGGUCCAAACGGCGACGAGGAAAGGUGAAGAGACCAUCGCCGUGGCAACAAGGAGGGGGGAGGAGGCAGUCGCCGUGGCAACGAGGAGGGGGGAGGAGGCAGUCGCCGUGGCAACGAGGAGAUGGGAGGAGGAGAGGGAAGGUCUGCGGGGAGCCGUGCUGCGUCUGGAGACGGAGCUCAACGCGGCGAGAGAGGAGACCUCACGGCAAAGACUCGCACGGCAGCGGGACUCGGACUCACAGGUGGAGCGGAUGUCGACUCUGAGGAAGGAGCUGCGACUCCAGCAGGAACACAACCAGCUGCUGGAGAGGCAGAUCACGCUCACGGCCGGAGGUCCACGAUCACCACCCCCACCUCCACCUCCUCCACCCCGCCUCGCGCGCUCUCCAUCUCCGGACUUCCUGGCCGAGUCUCAGCGGCGCGUGCGACAGCUGGAGCUUCAGGCCCUCAGCCUGGAGGACGCCUACAGGCGCUGCGCUACAAACGCCACCGCCACCGCUACGAGCUUCGCCCAAACAGAGCGGGGCCACCAUCUCCACCGCCACCAGCACCACCAGCGCACCACCAGCGUGUGGACAGGGAGAGGGGGAGGGAGAUGGGACCUGGGGCUGGGAGCUCGGGCCGAGGGCGUGGGAGGGGAGAGACGCGGGGAGGAGAGGGACACGGGGAUGGCGGCCGCGUGGUUAGAGAGAGACGAGACGGGGAUAGGGACAUGGACAACAGGGACGGAGAGAGAGAGAGGGCUCGAGAUGGACAGGAUAGUGAUGGGGAGACACAAUACAGGGACAGAGAGAGAGACAUGGAGAGAGAGAGACAUGGGACUAGAUGGACAGACAGGGACAGAGAGAGAGACAUCAGGACCAGAGAGAGAGACAUGGAGACAGAGAGACAGAGAGACGUGGAGACAGACAGGACUAGAUAGAGACAAGGGACUAGAUGGACAGACAGGACGAGAGAGAGAGACAGUGAUAGAGAGAGAGACAUGGAGAGAGAGAGACAUGGGACUAGAUGGACAGACAGGGGUAGAGAGAGAGACAUGGAGACAGACAGGCCGAGAGAGAGACAAGGGACUAGAUGGACAGACAGGACGAGAGAGACAGGCAGGAAUAGAGAGGCAGGAGCCGGGGCUACAGACACGGAUGGAGAUGCACGGUUGGGAUACAGACGAUGCAGCCCAGGCCCAGGGGAACGUGGGACUGGGCACACGGGGACAGGAGGGGAGACACGGACGAGAGAGAGAGAGACGGAGCGUGGAGAUAGAUGGAGAGGGGGAGGAGGUGGUGGAGGUGGAGGAGGUGGUGGAGGAGGUGGAGGAGGUGGUGGAGGAGGAGGAGGUGGAGGACAUCCGGGUCGACUGCCCUAUCACCCCUGGCGGCGGUGAAAACCAACGCUCGCUCGACCAAUCGGAGCGGAGCGAUCGUCACGACCACAUCCAAUCGCGUCGCGACCAAUCGGAUGGCGUUGUUUGCCUUGCCGUCGACCAAUCGGAUCGCAGCAUCCGCGUCGACGGGGACCAGGCAGAUGGCGGGCCGCAGAACGCAGGCGACCGAUUGGAUGGCGCCGAACCGCCCGCUCUCGACCAAUCAGGCGGCUCCUCCCGUGCAGCUGACACUGAGAUGCGGGGCGGUAGCAGCAGCAGUGGACCACAGCCCCUGGCAGAGGCCAGCGCGGAUCUAGGGGUUGCCCAGACCCUCCCGGAGAGCGAGGUGAUGAACACAUACCUGCAGAUGGUGAGAGGCGAGUCUCAAACUCCACCGCCACCUGGCGGACUUGGAGAUGGCUCCCUGUCCGUGGGGAGCGAGGCUGUUGUCUCCAGAGACAGUGUCGACACGGCGUCACACGGAGAUGAUGACUUCUGGUGACACCAACAAGAAGACGCGAACACACACGACACACAAACUCACUAACAACAACAACAACACUAAGUAGCGGUGACGUCACCAGGGUGCUGUGUGCCAGGCCAGGUGCAUUCUGACGCCACGUGAAGUGUCAAAGGCUCGCAGGAGGUUAUGGGACAGACCCUGCAGGUGCCAUGGGUUGACUAACUGCGCUACCCACUGUGUCAACUUUCUGGAGUUUAUCCACCCGGCGCUCCGCUCGUUGUUGUGAGCAUUGCUGCCUCUCCGCUCUCCGUUGUUGUUGGAGGGCGACUGCCUCCAACUCCCCGGGCAAGCGGCCUUCACGAGCCUCCUGCAUAGAGGCAAGUCCACUCAGCUCCACGUCGUCCUGUACCGCAUCACUCCAUCUCUUCUCAAGCCGAUACGGCGCCCCGUUUAGCCCCCUCUGUGCGGCCAAACAGAGGCUGCUUGGGUAUGCGGUGGUUGGGCACGUGGGUUAUGUGACCCAGCCAACGGAGCCUUGCCUACUGGAGCAGCUCACCGAUAGGACUAUUUCUAGGUCUUCUUGGUUCUUUCGGUAAAGUCACGUAGA